CUAUAACCUCCAACAAAACCCAUUCUGGUCAGCAGAGCGGAUCGAGUUCCCUUCGUACGAACAAGCAUUCCACACUCGUCGGCGGCCGUCCACCUUGUCAGCCCUGCGUGGUUGUUCUCGGGCAAGCAGUGAAGAAGGUUCGAACCCAAGGGCUUUUUCUACUCCCAAAAUCCGGGUGAUCAAUCACAAUGGAGCUUGGGUCAUAUUCUGAUCAGAGUAAAUCAACAUUUUCCCUUGCGGAUGAGGAUCAUACACUUGCAAAUGCCGUUCGAUUCACCUUAAAUCAAGAUCCUAGAGUGACAUUCUGUGGUUAUAGCAUCCCUCAUCCUUCUGAUAAUCGAGUUAAUAUCAGAGUCCAAACAACAGGGGAUUCGGCCCGUGAGGUGUUGAAAGAUGCAUGCCAGGAUCUGAUGCUAAUGUGCCAGCAUGUUAGGAGCACUUUUGACAAGUCUGUCAAUGAUUUUAAAAUGAGCAAGACGGUGAAGGAUAUGGAUAUUAAAUGAUGUACGAGUUUUAGUUUCAAUUUGUUUCGAACUGCAAAUUAUGGUUCUUAACAGUAGAUUGUAUACGCGACUCUAGCGGUGUGUGUUCCUGCAGCAUGUUUGCUUAAACCGAUUCAAUGAAUGUUGAUUUAUUUUUUAAUUUUAA